GCCUUGAAGAGGUUAGACUGGCGCUGGAAACUUGGACUAACCGCAGCCACUCCCUAAUUUAACAACAAAGAAAACAGAGCAUACCAUCUUCUUCUUCUGUGUCACACCAUUUCAGGCACUCUCUAAUGUCUCUUUCUUUCUCUAUCUAAACCCUAAUACUCCAUUCUGAUCGCCAUGCCCUAUUCUUCUCCCUUCUUACAUGGCUGUUUCCGCACAACUCCACGCCUCGCCAUGUCUCUUAAACCUGCAAGGAAUUUUCAUAACAUUUAUUAUUCUUUAUGUCCGUGGAGACCUUUCUCAGGCCUUCCAUUUGGUGCGCAAAAGUCAUACAAAUCCUUAGUUUAUAGGCCUUUUCUUUGGCGGUUUAGUGUUGCUGCUUCAGGAAGAUCGUAUGAGUUGAUACGGAGAAGUAAUGAGAAGUUGCCGAAUUGGUUUCAUCAAAGCAAGGAAUUUGGGAGGUUUGCUUAUGAUGAUUACUCUGAUGAUGAUUCUGAUAGGGAAUCUUCUUCUGCGCAGCAAUUGCAAUCUUCUACUCUCGACAACAUUGACCAGUGGAGAUGGAAAUUGACAAUGCUUGUUAGAAACAAAGAUGAGCAAGAAAUUGUGUCAAGAGAGAGAAAGGACAGGCGUGACUUUGAGCAACUUUCUGCAUUGGCCACUAGAAUGGGUCUGCAUAGCCGCCAAUAUUCCAAAGUGGUGGUUUUUAGUAAAGUUCCCUUGGCAAAUUAUCGUCAUGAUCUGGAUGAUAAGCGUCCACAACGAGAGGUUGUACUUCCACUUGAUCUUCAAAAGGAUGUGGGAUUUCUUCUCAAGAGGCACCGGUCUCAAAAAUCCUCGAAUCAAGGGACUUCUUCAAUUUAUUCUGUUUUGCAGAUCAAUUAUCCGAAUAAGCAGGAAGUUGUGUACAAUCAGCCUGAGCCCACAACUCAGAUAAGUCCAUCGAAGGAGAGAAUACUUCGGCGGAAAAGUCUGCAACUACGGGAUCGGCAGCAGGAAUGGCAGGAUUCACCAGAGGGUCAAAAGAUGCUACAAUUUCGAAGAAGCCUACCCGCGUACAAAGAGAGGGAUGCUUUCUUAAAGACGAUAGCAGAAAAUCAGGUAGUAGUUGUCUCAGGAGAAACUGGCUGUGGUAAAACAACUCAACUCCCGCAAUUCAUUUUAGAGUCUGAAAUUGUAGCUGCUCGUGGCGCUAGUUGUAAUAUUGUUUGUACUCAGCCGAGAAGAAUAUCAGCUAUGUCUGUUUCUGAGAGGGUUGCUUCUGAACGAGGAGAGCAACUUGGAGAAUCAGUUGGCUACAAAAUAAGAUUGGAGGGAAUGAAAGGGAGGGACACACGACUCCUUUUCUGCACCACUGGUGUGCUGUUGAGGAGACUGCUGGUUGAUCGAGAUCUGAGUGGUGUAUCUCAUGUUAUUGUUGAUGAAAUUCAUGAACGUGGAAUGAAUGAAGAUUUUCUCCUAAUUGUGUUGAAAGAUCUCCUACCCCGAAGACCUGAUUUAAGGUUGAUUUUGAUGAGUGCAACCCUAAAUGCUGAGCUUUUCUCCUCAUUUUUUGGUGGAGCUCCUACACUACACAUUCCUGGUUUCACAUAUCCUGUACGUGCUCAUUUUCUGGAGAAUAUCUUGGAAAACACUGGAUAUAGGCUGACCCCCUAUAAUCAGAUUGAUGAUUAUGGUCAAGAAAAGAUUUGGAAGAUGCAGAAACAAUCUGUUAGAAAGAGAAAAACUCACAUUGCUUCAGCAGUAGAGGAGGCAUUAGAAGAUGCUGAUUUUCAUGGGUAUAGUCGUUGGACUAGAGACUCUUUGUCUUGUUGGAACCCGGAUUCCAUUGGUUUUAAUCUUAUUGAACAUGUGCUGUGCCACAUAUGUAAGAACGAAAGACCUGGUGCAAUUUUAGUUUUUAUGACUGGUUGGGAGGAUAUCAACUCUUUGAAGGACCAGCUUCAAAGCCAUCCUUUACUUGGAGAUCCAAACAAGGUUUUGCUGCUUGCAUGCCAUGGUUCCAUGGCUAGUUCUGAACAGAGACUGAUAUUUGAUAGGCCUCCAGAAGGAGUGAGGAAAAUAGUACUUGCAACAAAUAUGGCCGAGACCAGUAUCACCAUAAAUGAUGUAGUCUUUGUUGUUGAUUGUGGUAAAGCGAAGGAGACUUCAUAUGAUGCAUUGAAUAACACUCCCUGCUUGCUACCUUCCUGGAUCUCUAAAGCUGCUGCUCGUCAGCGAAGAGGUAGAGCUGGUCGUGUUCAACCCGGGGAUUGUUACCAUCUUUACCCUAAAUGUGUCCAUGAUGCAUUCAGUGAUUAUCAGUUGCCUGAACUUUUGAGGACACCUCUACAAUCUCUUUGUCUUCAGAUUAAAAGCUUACAGCUUGGUGAUGUUUCUGAGUUUCUGUCAAAGGCUUUGCAACCCCCUGAACCAUUAUCGGUUCAAAAUGCUAUUGAUUUUUUGAAGAUUAUUGGAGCUCUGGAUGAGAAUGAAAAUCUUACUCUGCUAGGCCAGAACUUAUCCAAGCUUCCUGUGGAGCCUAAACUAGGAAAAAUGCUAAUAUUGGGGGCUAUGUUUCAAUGCCUAGACCCAAUAAUGACCGUUGUUGCUGGUUUAAGUGUCAGAGACCCGUUCUUGACACCUUUUGACAAGAAGGAUCUCGCGGAGUCUGCAAAGGCUCAAUUCUCUGCUCGUGAGUUCAGUGACCAUCUUGCCCUUAUGCGAGCUUUUGAAGGAUGGAAAGACGCUGAAAGAGAAAAAUCUGGUUAUGAAUAUUGUUGGAGAAACUUUUUGUCUGCCCAGACAAUGAAAGCUAUGGAUUCGUCGCGGAAGCAGUUCUUCUCUUUACUCAAGGAUACAGGUCUUGUUGGGCCCGAUAACGAAAGCUGCAACAAGUGGAGCCAUGAUGUGCAUCUUGUUCGUUCAAUUAUCUGUGCGGGUCUGUUUCCUGGUGUUUGUUCAGUUGUGAAUAAAGAGAGGUCAAUAAUGUUGAAAACAAUGGAGGAUGGACAGGUCCUUCUAUAUUUGAAUUCAGUGAAUGCUCAAGAGCCUAAAAUACCAUAUCCAUGGCUGGUCUUUAACGAGAAGAUGAAGGUCAAUGCAGUGUUCUUGAGGGAUUCAACAGCAGUUUCAGAUUCUGUGCUGUUACUUUUUGGAGGAGACAUUUCAAGAGGUUUACAGGAUGGACACCUACAAAUGAUGGGAGGAUACUUAGAGUUUUUUAUGAAACCUGCCUUGGCAGACAUCUAUGUGUCCGUGAAAAGAGAACUUGAAGAGCUAAUUCAUUGCAAGCUUGCAGAACCCAAGUUGGAUAUCGGCAAAUACAUGGAUCUCCUAUCUGCAGUGAGAAUGCUGAUAACAGAAGAUCAAUGCGAGGGUAGAUUUGUCUUCGGUCGUCAACUUCCAACACCAUCAAAAAAGGCAGCAAAAACAAAAAGUGCGCAGUGUGAAAAUGUGGGUGGUGAUGAUAACUCCAAGGGUCAAUUACAAACCUUACUGGCAAGGGCAGGGCACGAAACAGCUGAGUACAAAACAAGGCAACUGAAAAACAACCAGUUCCGUUCGACAGUUAGUUUCAAUGGGUUGGAGUUUGUGGGACAACCUUGUAACAAUAAAAAGCAGGCGGAAAAGGAUGCAGCUGGAGAAGCUUUACAAUGGUUGAUGGGUGAUACCCCUUCAUUCCGGGGUGAUAUAGACCAAUUAUCUAUGUUUAUGAAGAAAAGCAGCAAAAAAUACGGAAAAAGAACUUGGGAUAGGUAAAAGUCCAAUGAGAAAGGGAUGUGGAGAUCAGUUGUGGAUGACAAUGCCAUUUUUCUUGGCUACUGGUAUGACCUUCCUUUGUUUUGUAUUCUGUCUUGGUGAUGGCAUUUUGAAAUAAGUUUUUCGGUCAAAUCUUUCAUCAAGGCUGAUAAAAUUAGGAUAUCGCAGCUGAUAUAUAGGAUACAAUGGCGGGUUUAUUUUUGCUGAGAAUUAACGAUGUGACUCCUCAUUGUUUGGAUUGAUCAAUACAAAUUCAAUGAUGAAGGUGAAGAGCUCAGAUGAGUGAUGGUUCAUUUGUAUUAAAUUGACUGACCUAGAUACCACAUUAUAUUCUUUUCAAUGAUAAUGUCUACAAAAUAACGGCAGGGGAAAUGCCAUUGGAAAAAGGAUGUUCUCAGUUCUAUCGUCGGAUGCUUUUAACACUGACAAUACCGCUGGGCUGGUGAAUAAGAUUAGCUUAGAUUACAUUGUUAGAUUCACUUCAGCUUUUCUAGAAGCUGCAAAUUGGAGAGGGGUGUAGAGAGGUGUCCAAGUUAUAACAUAAAUCUUUCAGAUGAGUUUCUUACUAUAAGUAGAAUAUUAAUUGGAUUCAUAAUAUAAUUAGUGUUAUAAGCAUGUCAUCAGCCGACAUUAUAAAGCUACCACGCAGUAGCAACUACGAAGGGCGGCCAAACAAAGCAAACGGAAAGUGAAGAAUGAAUAUAACCGAACUCUAGGGAAGAAUACUUGUGUUACUGAACUGUAUUCUGUCAAAGUUGAUUUCUAGUUACUACAAUCUGUUAUGUGUUGCAUAUAUAUACAGAAUAGGGAAAUGAGAAGAAAUUCAUCGGAGUAUUUGUAUUUUUGAGUCUUAAUCAAGUUCUCUUUUUUUUUUUUAAAAAAGCAAGCAUCCUGAAAACUUGCAAUUUGUAUUUUUUUGUCACUUUUGCCAUCUUAAUCUUAGGUCUUACCCUA